AUGACUCUCGUUGAGCGCGAACGGCGUGAUGAAAAUCGUGAAAUGUUACGGUCUCGUAAUUCCUUUUGGGAAGAUGAUCAAUGGUACCAUGAUUGGGACGAUUGGCCUGUAGAUUGGCCUCGACCUGGAGAACUUAUGCGAAGAUGGAGAUCUGAUUUUGAUAAGGACGGUUUUUGGGAUUGGCCAUCACAUUGGCCUCGAAUGGAUGACGUGAUGCCAAGAUUUUCCUCACAUCUUGAUCGUUUGGAUCGUAACUGGCGUUCUGAUCCGUUUUGGCGUGACUUAUAUCCACGUUGGGCUGAACCAAUUUUCAAAGAAGGCAUUGAUAUUCGUACAAAUAUCAUUAACGAUACUUCACGAUUUGCCGUGGAAAUUGAUGCAUAUCAAUUUCGACCAGAGGAGAUACAGGUUAAAACAAUUGACGAUACACUGCUGAUCGAAGGCCGGCAUGAAGACGUCCAUGAUCGUGACAACUUUACUAAAAUGUAUUUUGUGCGCAAAUACCAGUUACCAUUAGAUGUGAAUCCAGCAGAUAUUUCAAGCACCAUUGAUAAUUCUGGUCGUCUGCUUGUUGAAGCACGCAAGCAAUCACAUAUUCAGGGCCGAGAACGAAUGAUUCCAGUUGAAGGCCCGUCACGUCGAGAAACACAUUUAUCACGAAGUGAAAAUACACGAAGUCGUGAUGAAUCCGGAUGGUACGGAUCACGUAAGCAACAACUACCACCAACACCUCCAACAACUGCGCAUCGAUCACAUAGUUCAUAUUCUUAUCAACAUAGUCGAACAACCAGGGGUGGAUCUCCCACUAGUACUUAUCGCGAACGGGGAAUCCCAAUCACACAAACUGGACUGUCUUCUCGAAGUGUUGAUAGCAAAGCUUCUGAAGAAUUUCGUUCCCGAGAAAAACGUGAACGUGAGGAGUACCGUUCUGAAUCAAAAAAUGAAUAUCGUAGUCAGUCUUCAAGACAAGAUAGUGGAUUUCAUGAUGGUGGUUCUACAAAUGCAAAACCAAACAAUGGUGCUGCUGCACGAAGUAAUGAUACACAAUCUGACAGCGUCCGUAAUAUUCCGAUCCUCCGAAAAACUUUCAAAUAA